UCCCCCAAGAAGCCAAAGAGCAUCCCUGAGUCCCAGCCCAACGACAUGGACCUUGAAGCCAGCUCUCCCCUGUCCUCAGAGUGGACCUCAGUGAGGAUCAGCCCUGGGGAGGACACAGUUGGACAGAAUGUGCUGGCUGUGCGUGUCCUGGUCACCAGUGAGGACAGCAGCUCUGACACAGAGUCUGACUAUGGUGGCAGCAAGGCCCCCAGUGCAAAGGCCUAUGAAGAGAGACCCUGGCAGCUGGACUCCCCACAUCUACAAAUACCACUAUCCCGGCACCUCUCCCUGAGGGAGCCCCUGAUCAGACCAGUCUCUCUAAUACACCUGGAGGAGCUACAAGUUAUGCCUGAUCUGCAAAGAGCCAACAGCCUCCAGUCUCCAACUCCAGGCAAACACGAGAACUGGAGAAGAAAAUUCCAGUCAAAUUCAACACCAAUGAACAAAAGCACACUGUCGCCUCCAAAGGAACCUCCUCCACAUCCUCCUUCUUCCUGGUCUUCUUCAUCUGCCCCACCAUCUUCCUGUUCUCUAGCUUCUGUCCCUGGACACACUCCAGAACGUUCCUCCCCUCCUCAGGUGCCAGCUUACAAGCCCCACUCACAGGCCUCCAGAGGUGACUUUAGUCCGACUCCAAUCUAUCUGAGACGGGCCAGAGCCCAAGGAAUAGCGAGGGAAAUUCCCCUCUCUCUGCCGCAUGGCCCGGUGCUGGAGCGAGCAGAAUACUGCCUGGUGAGCCCUGGUGAAGGCCACACAAACCCUGUAGAGAUGGUCUCGGAGGGAUUCCAGGAAGUGGAGGCUCCAAUUGGAAGCACCAGCAGUGUCCGCGAAGACCCACAGCCCGUGGUGGGGAAGAACCGAUGUUUGCCCAGUCAGAAGCUAGCCCCCAGAGCUGCAGAGAACCGGGGAGAAGGGAGCAACGGACCCAGGAGGGGACAGGCAGGUGACUCAGAGCUGGCAGCAGACAAGAAGCCAGGCUUGAAGAAGCUAGUCCUUACUCAAGAGCAGAAGACCAACUUGCUGGACUGGAGCGACUGCGCCCUUCAAGGCAUGCGUGGAAAGACUGGGGCGCUACCCUCCCAAGAAAGGUCUGAGAAUGGCAGAGGAGGUGCCCCCAAACCAGUCUGCCCCUCCGACGAGAAACUGCCCGCCGCGAGAGAGGUCCUGGAGGAGAUGCACACCCCUGCCGUCCGGUCUCCACGAGAGAGAGAGCGCAGCGUGCCUCCACCCAAGUCCCCCCUGCGGCUCAUAGCUAAUGCCAUCGGAAGGUUCUUGCUCCCCAGUUCUGAAGGAGGAAAAAAGGCCUCCCCUAAGUCAGAAUCAAAAACUUUGCCCACGGGCCGGUCACAGGCCUUCACCCGCUCCUUUAGCCUACGGAAACCCAGUUCCAGUAAAGAUGGGGACCGUCAGUCCCCAGGGAGACACAUGGCCAAGAGGGCUUCCGCCUUCUUCUCCCUGGCCUCCCCAACUUCCAAGACUGCCCAGGCCUCAGACCUUAGCCUUCCUGACCCUGCCCUCCGCACCCAGAGUUUGCCCAAUCGUCCAUCCAAGAUGUUUCCUGCACACACAUCCCCACCCUGCAGCAAGAUUGAAGAUGUCCCCACACUCCUGGAGAAAGUGAGUUUGCAAGAGACCUUACCAGAUGCCGCUCCCGUUCCAAAGAAAAGAACCUCUCUUCUUUCCUCCCUUGGACUCAAAGACAGAUCUUUUGAGAGUUUCUUCCAAGAAUGCAAACAAAGAAAGGACAUUGGGGACUUCUUUAUCAGCCCCAAGGAGAAGGGGCCACUCAGGAACAGAGUCCCAUCUCUGGAGAAGCUGGUACAGCCUUUAGGAGGCACCUCCCUGGGCCAGGUGGCCCACACUCCUAUAGCCCGAGAUGCAAGCUCCGGAGCUCGGAUGACAGAGGCUGCCUCUUCUCUGUCUUCAACCACCUCCUCCUCCUCUGCAGAUGAUGAGGCCGACUCCCAGUUUGCCUGGAGGUUAAAGGAGAAGAAGAUGCUCAGAGGAAGGAGGAAACGGGAAAAGCAGCUGGUUAAGCAGGAAGAGUUGAAAAGACUCCACAAGGCUCAGGCCAUCCAGAGGCAGCUAGAGGAGGUGGAGGAGCAUCAGAGGGCAUCAGAAAUCCAGGGCGUGAGGCUGGAGAAGGCGCUGAGGGGAGAGGCAGAUUCAGGGACACAGGGCGAAGCCGAGCUCUUGCAGGAAUGGUUUAAGCUAGUCCUGGAGAAGAAUAAAUUAAUGCGAUAUGAGUCAGAGCUACUGAUCAUGGCCCAAGAACUAGAGCUAGAAGAUCAUCAGAGCAGACUGGAGCAGAAAUUAAGAGAGAAAAUGUCCAAGGACGAGAGCCAGAAAGAUGAAAAUGAUCUAACAGAGGAGCAAGAAAUACUCAAGGAGAUGAUGCAUGUGAUUGAACAAAGAAACAAACUGGUGGACUCCUUGGAGGAGCAACGAGUCAAAGAAAAGAUGGAAGACCAGCACUUUGAAAACUUUGUUCUCUCCAGUGGCUGUCAGCUCAGCAGGACGUAAGGUGCUCUUCCCUCUCAGAAGCCAGCAAGCCAGGAGCAGGAGCUGCCAAUCUUUCUCACCCAGGUGCUGAAUUUAGAAGCUGCUUUUUCUUCUUUUUAAAAUUAAACAUCUCUCAUAUGAGCCAGGUGUGGUAUUUCACACCUGUAAUCCCAGCACUUCAGAGGAAGCUGAGACAGGAGGAUUGCCGUGAGUUCCAGGCCAGCCUGGACUACACAAUGAGAUACUGUCUCAAAAACCGAACACCUUCGUAGCUCUUACAUCUGCUGCAUGCAGCUUCCCAAGAUUUUUCCAGAGACUGCAAUGAAAAAAUGAAAAACCAAAGGCUAUUGGAGUCCAGUGUGCUGGGCUCUUGGAAUGGAGGUGUUCCUGGCCGGUGGCCAGUAUUGUUUUCUCUGGAAAGUUAGGCAGAGGCUUGAUUCCCUGCUGCCUUUUUGGCGGUUUUUCUCCCUCAUUCACUGAAUUACAUGUGUUGAGACUUUUAAGAGCUGCCUUUUCAUUAAUAACCCAUGUUUGUCUUUUUUGCAUGGUUGACCAGUUUCCAAAUGUCAAAAAGCAGCAACAGCAGUUUAAAGAUUAGGUUAAUAUUUAAACUGUGUUUCCAGAGAAAGUGGAGAAACCUUGAGAUUACCGAUUACAUAAAGCAAAUAACUCAUAUGGCGGGUGUUAAUUCAAUCCAGAGUGAAUUUAAUUUACCAGGUAUAUUUAUAAGCCUUAAUAUAAUAUACAUAAGCAAUGAGAGUUUAAUAGAACAUUUGAGCCUUAAUUUAAUUUUUUUUUGAAAAAGAGAAAGGAAAUAAAAACUUUAAGUUCAUGCCAGCAGGCUCCUUGGUUUUCACUGAAUCCUGCUGGCUUAGAGAAGCCACAGUGUUCUGCCUCUAGCCUUGGAUCAUAAUGCUAAGUGCUUUUAGGAAUGAAUGACUUUGAAGUGCUUUUUGAGUUAGUGCUGGUGAUGACAGAGAGGGAAAUUUUCACUUGUUGAUAAAACAUGGGUGAGUUGGUACUGCUUCUAAAAGCAAACACAGCAUGGUACUAGGAGAGGUGGGCUCUCCACGGUCACCUGUGUCAUCCUAGGCCCAAAAUAAAACCACUUCUAACUUCCAGGUAGAACUGAAGGCAGUGACUCAAAUUACCUAAUUCCGAUUUGGGUCACGAGUGUUUUUAUUUUAUGGCAUUUUCAAUAGACAAGGAAAACUGCUGGAUGGAAUGGACACGCUGAGACACCGGGCUUUGUUGGGCAUUUGGAUAGUGCAUACAGAGACAAAAGAAGACAUGAUUUAGAGUGGUGAUAUGUUGUCAUAAAGCAUUUGACUCUUCUCCCUAGAUGAAAUUCUUAGAUUUAACCUACUAGUGAUGAGAGAGGUUGAGGAACUCUUCAGUAUACAUUGCACUCAUUUCUUCUAGCAUUUAAGUGUCGUUAGACAAAGGUGUUUUAUAACUGUUGGUUCUGACUGGCAGCCAAAGUUCUCUCAGUCUAAGUUGAUCCAUUAACUGCUUCCAUCCGGUAUGCUGUCUGUGUGGACCAAGCUGGCCAGGGACAAGCUGUCAGCCUAUGUUUUGGGUGGUAGUUAACAGCAGUCCUUCCAUGGCAAACCCAGGACCAACAGUUGUGCUUUUUUUUUUUUUCCACUUUAUUUUUACUUUAUGUGUAUGCAUGUAUUGCAUGCAUGUAUGCAAGUGCACCCAUGUCAUGCAGUGCUC